AUGCAAGAGCAACAGAAUGACUAUAUGACAAAAAAGCAGGCUGAAGAGGAAGAACUGCAUAGGUAGAGAGUUUAGGUUGAGGAUUAAGAGAAAUAGUACGCGGAAUUGAAAUAGUAACUGGAAAAAAAAGAAGCUGAAAUUAUAGCAUAAAUGGAAUAACUCAAGUAGCUACACUCUAAUGAGUAGUAUGAAUUCACAAUUAGACUUGAAAAUGCUUUGAAUGAAAAGGUAGUUCUGGAAAAUUAAUUAUAAAAAGCAUAAGAUGAGAUUUAAUCAAAGAUAGAAGAUGGAAAAAUAAUGUAAAAGGAAGAGGACUAAAGGGUAUACAAAGCUCUAGAAGAUUAAAUAUAAAACAUGAUUAAUGAAGCAUCGAUUGAAAAAGAUAAUAUGAUCAAAAGAUAAUAGGAGGAGAUGACUGAGCUUAAAGACUAAAUUUCAUCAAUGAUGUAAAUUCAAGUAAAAGCUUAAGUAGAAGUGGUUAUCCCAGAAAAAUAUGAAGCAAAUACUUAAUGCGAAAUUAUUACAGAGAAACAAUACUCUGAUUUACUUUAAAAAUCGACAACUUAAGAUUAAAAAUAUCAUAUUUUGAAAAAGAAGCUAAAGAAAUAGAAAGAAAUUAAUGACCAGCUUUAAUAAGAAGUCAAUAAACUCUAGAAUUCAUUAGAGUAAACAAGCCUCUAAUUUUAAACAAAAAACCAAGAGUUCAAUUAAAGUGAAAAUAGGCUGAGGGAGUUAGAGGUGCAGAUAUCUAAGGCCUAGACAAGUCUAAAGUCUUAAUAAACUUAAAUAAAUUAGCUUACUACUGAUAAGUUGAUAAUUGAGACUGAUUUAUAAACUACUUCAAAUGAAAAAGAUCAAAUUUACCAAGAUUUAAAGAACCUUUUGGACUACAAAAAUGAGAUGGACCAUCUAUGUGAUCAAUUGAAAACUAAGUCAGACAAAAAUAAAAUAAAGCAGAAGUAUCUAAAGGAGACACUUUAACAAAGAGAAUAAGAGCUUGAUAAGAAGGAGAUUGUGCUGAGAAAAGUGAGUCAAAGUGCUGAAGACGCCUAGAAAUAAUUGAAGACAACCACAUUAAAACUCAGAUAAAUAGAGCAAACAAAACUGAAAGACAUGAAGAGGAAGAUUCAAUUACAAGAAUAACAGAUUGUAGAUUUAUAAUAAAGACUAAAGGUGUACUUAGACUCAAGUGGGAAGACUCCUUAAGUAUUUAAAGGAUAGACUCCACCUAAGCAUAAUUUGUACACAAGAUAAGGUGGAGCUCGAGAAAAGUCAUCUCCUAUAAUAGAAGUUGAAGAUAACCUUGAGAGUUCUAGGAGAUUCCUUAAGAGUCGCUAGUUAACUAAUGCUAAUAGCAUCAAUGAUCUACAUCAGAUAGGUAUAGACAAUAAAAGCAAUAGAAAUGGUCUUUUACCUGACAUUAGAGAUAAGAAUAGCUUUAAGAACUUUUCAACAAUUUAGAACUCCAUUGAAAGAGGGCACUUUAAGAAGGAAUCUUUCUCUGCUAAUCAACCAACAGUUUAAGACUGCUAUGAUUAGUAAGUAGAUUAAUUCUUAACAAAAGUUAAAGAUCCACUGUUUAAAAAUAACUCUGAUGGAAUUAAAGGUAUGUUCAGCUCAUCAUCUCCUUAUUAAUUUGAAGACUCAUAUUCGCAUACAAUUAAGAAUUUGAAAAGAAAAGAAGGGAGUGCUUAGCAGCAAAGUCUGCAUACCUUGGAAAUGAUUCAACAGAAUAAUCGGCAUCUGGAAUCAAGCAUUAACAAAAAUAUCGAUAAAAUAAUUUACUUCACCCCAGAGAAAUCUUAAUUAAACCAAAAAGCAUCAGAAAGUACAAUUUAAAACAGGAAAAUUAUACCUUUAAACAAUAUUAAACAUGACCCUUCUGUACCAGUAAGAACUAUCGAUAGAUAAAAAAUCAAACUCAAGAGUAUCAAUAAACUCUGA